CCCCGCCCGCGGCCCGGCCCCCGCAGGCCCCGGGACCAUGGUGGUGCUGAAGGGCGUCCCCGCGCUGCUGUCCCCCGAGCUGCUCUACGCCCUGGCGCGGAUGGGGCACGGAGACGAGAUCGUUCUUGCAGACGUGAACUUCCCCACCUCCUCCAUCUGCAGGUGUGGCCCAGAGGAGAUCCGUGCCGAUGGCCUGGGCAUCCCUCAGCUCCUGGAAGCCAUGCUGAAACUGCUACCACUGGACACCUACGUGGAGAAACCGGCUGUGGUCAUGGAGCUGGUGCCCAGCGACAGGGAGAGGGGCCUGCAGACCCCCGUGUGGAGGAGCUAUCAGUCCAUCCUCUUAGGGGCCGGCUGUGCGGGAGACGGCCCUUUACGGAAACCUCAUCCUCAAGAAGGGGGUGCUAGCCCCCGACGCCCUGUUCCAGGCCUGUUGAAGACGCCCCUGCCCAGAGAGGAAUCUGGACCCCUGAGCCCAACAGUGCCACUGGCAGGCACGUCCAGCAGCAAGAUGAACGGCCUUGCCCUGUCCGGUCAGGGGCUCUGGGUCCGGUGCUCAAAUGAUCCCAAUUUGUGAAACUGAUGGAAAUUGUAGUGACUGGCCAACGUUCAAUCCAGAGAUUUAAACAACUCUGUCCUUACUCACAACAGCCUGUCUGGUGCCGAGCACAGUGGAGGCUAUUGGGUCCCCAGAGAGCAGACCCUUCCCUGCCCACGAUGAGCCCUCAGGUGGGAAGUAUUGCCUCCCUCCUCCCUAUAGGUUUGGGCCACCUGACUUGGCAAGUCCCUGGGUUUGGGACCAGAGCUCACACAUGUAGAUACCCUCAUGUGGGGAGACCCCACAGAGGACCUGGGAAGGGGACUGGGGGACUGGAGGCCUGGAUGGGGGCAGUGGUGAUGCAGCACACUGCAGGGGGCCUGGAGAUGGGUACUUCAGCUGCCUAGGCCACCCUGAGGGGGCAGGGACUUCUGCAUCAGCCCCCAGGGCUGCAGACACUAAGGUGGCCCUUGAAGAGGGGACAUGGGCUGUUCCUGCAUCCCCAGAGGAGGAGGGCAGGUGACGGGGCUGGUCUGGGAACCCUGGAGCUGAAGCACAGGCUUGAGCUACCUGGGGCGCCCAGGCCUGUGUUCCCUCGCUCUAGUGGUUGAGCGCCUACUGAAUACGCACAAGCCUGAGCAGUUCUGUGGACGGGGGUGGGGGGGUGGGUAAAGGACAGGAGGAUGCCCGGGGCUCAGGCAAAGGGCCUUCCUAAAGGAGGCCUGAGAGGCUGCAGGUUCUUGAACUGAGUCUCACGGGGUGGGGAGAACCAGCACCUCCAUCAGCAGGCCGCCUCCUGCCCCGCGCCCACUGGUCUGCCUCCUCAUGGCACAUCAGCCUGCACUUUGCAGAACUUCCCGAAUGGACUGCAGCGCACCCUUUUGUCUGGCUUCUCCCUCGGGGUGCCUCGGUGGGAUGCGUGCGUGUUGUGUGCGUCGAGGACGCUUCUGCGGCUGGGCAGGACUCCACCGUGUUGCAGCCGCGCACUGGUGCGUGGUGCGGGGUUGUUUCCAGUUCUUUUUGACUGCAAGUAAACUUCCUGUGAACGUG